CACUUUUUCAUCAUUGACGGCAGCUAGGGCAAGGAGGCUAAACUAUGGAGGAUGAGCUUGAUCAAAACAAAGAGAUAAUGUCAUUGAGGCGUGAAAGAAAUUUGCUAUUGAGGAAAGUUGAUGUGUUAAAAGCGAUUCACAAGGUUACAUUAGAAGCCAAGGAAAUGGAAAUUGGUGUCCUAAAACAGAAGCUUGACCAACUAGACAGCACUAUAAUGUUUUACAAAGGUGUAUUUGAGGCAACUGAAAGGGAAAUUAGACAACUAAACCAGAAGCUUCAGGAACACGACAACAAGCAGUGGAAACUGAAAAUGGGUUUACUGUACACUGUGAAGAGUGAGUUGGCAAAGAUUAAAAUUAAAGAGUUGCAAAAUAAAGUCUCUGAAUUGGAGAAUAAGUUGAAGAUUCAAGACAAUGCAAUUCAUCACAAGCUUAUUAAUGGAAACACACAAGUUGGAGAAUAUUCUGGUGCAAACAUAGAUUGAUAUGUCUAGUGUAUUAUCGUAUUACUUCUACAUGAAUUAUGGUGAUAAUUUUUUUUGAAGAGAGUUUUUGUUGAACUUUUUAAUAGACGUGUAAUUGUGUUUUUAUUUAAUUAAAGUCAUUUGGAAAAUGAAAAAAAUGUGUAAGCAUAAAAAUAUAUGGUAAGUAGUUGAAAUCCAUCAACUACAGGUCUUGUAA